ACUUUAAUAUCCGGAAGUGUUUACGGAACAACAAUUGAUGCAAAAGCAUCUUUUAGCGCUAGCUAGACGAGCUGGAGAGCUACCCGUGCUGAAAAGGCAGAAUGUAAGCAAUGAUGGAGCGUGUGACGGGAGAGUUACGAUUACGGUAACGCGCUAAAAGCUGCUAGAGUUCGUUUAACGGUUGGCUCGAUUAAAACUACUACCGCUAAACAAGCAGGACCCAUUCGAUGAUAAAAACUCCUCAAUAAACGACUUACACGAGCAAAAACCUGCCAAACACUGGCAAACCUGCUUCUGUAGGCUUAGCGUGUCGUUUAAAAGAAUAGUUCGUUUCCCAAAAAGGAAUCCAGGAAUUCCUUAUCUCAUUGUUGGGAACAAUGGCCGAGACGUUGCUAACGUUUCAGUCCCAACUUUCUGGAGUGAUGGAAACCGUUUUCAAAGCAGCCUUGUAUGAAAUCACCCGUCUGGUGGAGGACAGCUUUGUGGAGGAGGUGACGCGGUACCGGUCACAGGUUCAGGUCCUAAAGAAGCGACUGAAAAGGCAAGAAGAGCGGAAAGAGAGGUGUGCUGACUGUGGGAGGGUCGGUUUACCCGAUGAAAACAAACCCACCGAGACAGAAAAAGUCCUGAAACAGGAGAGUGUUCUACACGAAGUGGCUCCAGGUUCCCUGAAAACUACGGCAGAAACCAGAAGUGAGGAGAUCGAGGAGGCAAAUCCGGAGGUCCACGGCUCCAUGAAGACAACUCAGACAUCGGGUGUGCAAGUGGAGAAAAGGGAUAAAAUCUUCAAAGAAGAAGCUCUUCAGAACACGCCAGAAGUUAGCGAGUCACGAGAGUGGGGCCUCAGCACAGGUGAUGCAUCCAGUCUGCCAGGACCCAGUAAACCCUUCAGUCUUCAGAGUUCAAAGGGCCAAGUGAACUGGGAGACUGGAUUUGAUCAGAGACCGUCAAGCCAAGGUGGUUCCCCUGAGCCCCUGUUCCAGAACCGGUACGGCAUCAAUGAGUUAGACGACUUUGACAAGACCGGACACAGAGACAACAAUGCCAUAAACAUGGCCGACUUUGGUGGUUUACGAGAUUCUCCAACCCAUCUGGCUGAUGAUCUUAACUACGCGGGCCAUCAUAAUGAAGAUCUGGAGGCACCUAGUGGAUCGGAGCACCAGUGUUUCCCAGCAGGCUCCACACAGAAUAAAAAGAGUGAGAGUUCAGCAGCAGCAGCAUCGCCUUUAAGGACCAACGAGGGACGCGGAGAGUUCAGCUGCUUCCUUAUAGAUGAGGAAGGAUAUCUGCAGGAUCCAAAUGUUCGGUACGCUGAUCAGGUGUCUGGUGAGUCAGGCGGUAGAGUAAACUUUCAUGGUCAGGGUGUUCGAUUCAACCCCUCUCUAGAUGGCACUAAUAUGUAUGAGGCCUCGGAUGCCUUCUCCGGUACCUUAAAUCUGGAACACGGACUGCAUCACCAAACUGUAGGAGGUGGAGGAAGGAGCAGCUCUAAUAACCAAGGCUUUACCUCUUUUCCUGAAUCUGUUUCACUUAAGACCAACAACCAGACCCACAGAGACACCGAACUAGAGCCUCUGUACUCCUGCAACCAACAUACAAGGACCACUGCUCAAGCUUGUCAUCCAAAAGUCCACCAGAGGACUCACACAGGACCGGGGCUCCACCUGUGUAACCACUGUGGAAAAGGGUUCUCUUCCUUUGUGGACCUAAAAACACACAAAUGUUGCCAAACGGUUGACAAACCUUAUUGCUGCGCCGUUUGUGGCAACAAGUUCAGCCGCCUCUGGAAUCUAAAGUUGCACCAAAGAAUUCACACCCAAGAAAAACCUCAUCGGUGCAACAUGUGUGACAAGAGCUUCACGAGGGCGGACAUUCUGAAGGUUCACCAGCGUAUCCACACGGGUGAAAGGCCAUACUGCUGCGCGCUUUGUGGCCAGAGCUUCAAACGUCUGGAUCAUCUGAAAACACAUCGACGCAAACACGUAACGGCCCUGUAAGAUAGAUGAGAGCCAGUUAGGAUUAUUGCAAUGUCAAUAGAGUUAGACGUCUUUUAAACUUCUACUCUUUGUGCUAAAGUCCAGCCAUCUUCUAUACCUACCUGUGAAGGAUCAGGGGAGCUGGUGCUGAUCAGCGGUGAUUGGGCAAGAGGUAGAAGAAAAAAAUCUAUUUUUUAUAUUACGCCUCUCAAGAUAAAAAUCACGUGGCACUUCACAAGGACCUAAAAAGAUUUAAACAAAUAUAAGAAUGAUUUGGAAAAUAUUAGGUGAAAAUUUGAAAAAAUAAAUAUUGACAGAAAAACGAGAAGGGACAAAAAUAAAUAAACAGUAAUAAAGAAUCCUGAGAAAGACAGAAAUUGGUAGAGGUAGCGGCAUGAGAAGAAGGUGGUGAUGAAGGUCACACCAAAAUCAGCCUGAACAGGUGAGUUUCAGCUGCUUUUUAAAGGAGACCACUGAGUCCACUGAUCUCAGGAGGUGCGAGCUCCAGUGUGUGGGGGCCACAGCAGCACAUGAUCUGCCACCUUUACCUCUCCUUUCCACCGGAGCCGUCAGCAGCAGCUUACUGCAGCAGCACGUCUUGCUCACGUAAGCUGCUGCUUGGCCCUUCCCACGAGACGCGAAGCAGCAGGGGAGCAGCUGUCACACGACAUUAGCAAAAUCAUGCGUGACUUCGUCAGUAAACACAACAAGGCCCAUAUAUUUUAGAUAGCCUAACUGACAGAGGUCCAUACGGAAAAGAAAUCACGUUGAUAAUUAGCAUAAACUCACCAUCUUGCCUCAAAACCGCAGAUACGUCACUCCAUGCGUUAUCCUUCUUGACGUUGUCUUUAUAAAAACUGACUGGGAUUAAACAGGAUUGGGUACUUCUCCACUUCAGUAAUCAACCUUUCGUCGUCCAUUACGGAAAAACAAAGGAGACUGCUAGCUAGAUGAUAACUUUUUUUUAAAGCAACCGGAAGGCAGUACGUUUCUUUAUUCUGAAAAUCUCGGGAAGCUUCGCUCCGUUUCCGCAUCCGAUUUCCUGUCUCUCCUUCCCCGUUUCAGAGGUGUAGCGCGUAGAAAAUAGAACCGGCAUGCUGCUGCUGAGACGCGGCCGACUCGCGCCGCUGACGGCUCCGGUGGAAAAGGUUCUGUUGACCACAGCGGUUCCCAUCAGCAGCUAUGACGUGCUGCUACCGGCUCCGUCACGCCUCCGGUGGAAAGGAGGGGUUAGUCUUUAACCUGGUGCUGCACAACCAUUAGGCUGGUUACAUCAUCCACAGGUCCCCAGGUUCACAUUCAUAGAAACAAAGAAAAAGAAGUUCCUAAAUCUUGAUUUAUUGUCUUCUUUGUACCCAAUUACCUCUGUAUUUUUUGCUAUUGAAAUACAACAAAUAAAAAAAGCUGUGCUGUCAA